GUCCUCGCUUAGCUCUCGGCUUGCGGUUCCGCGCUUGAAAAAAAAAAGAAUAAAAAUAGUUGAAAAAAUUAUGCCUGAACGACAGUGAAACAGUGAAUUCAGUGACUCAGGUCCGACACUAUUGGUGUCUUAUUGAUGAUUGGAUACAGUGAUUAACAUUUUUUUACGCCCCCAGUGAGGAUACUCUCAUUCUGCUUCAAGCUCCGUUCAUUUUCACCAGACAAUUCUCGCCGAAACAGGUCUGACAUCAAGUCUACUAGAUGGAAUUCUGAUGAAGGUCUCAGGGCCAGUGUGACAAUGGUGCCAUUCUGUGAUUUCAGUGAAAUUCGUGAUUAGCAAGGACUAGAGGGUGGAGAUCGUAAACUAGCUGUGCUAGUUUGUUUUGGAGGUUUGUGAAAUGGCGAGAGUUUCCGGGGCCACUGAGCAAACAUUCAGAAAUUUUUUAUAACGUUGAGAAAGCCAGAGUAAUGCCCUGCUAUGCUGAUGAUAAAUCGCCCUGAUUCCAGGGGUUCAGCUCUGGACGAGCUGAACGACAUUCGUACACAUCCAGAAAACCCAAUAGUUUGAGUGAAGAACAGAAUGAAACACCGGAAGAGACGAAACGAGAAGAGACAUCGAAACAGAUCAAAACUGUGACAUCACUUCACACGUAAACUGACCGAAUAAAUUCACCCACGAGUGGCUUUAUUUUCAUUAUCUAUUUUUUUCAUUUUUUUUAUCAUUUCCAGUCGUUUUUGUAGUAAAUCGUGUGUAUUUCCGAAACGAUGGCUUGAGAUGAAGAACACUAGAGCAUGAAACGAUGGACGGGGCCCCGGCCUCAUUGGCUAUACCGGCGUCGUUCAUUUAGUAGUAAUAAGAACGUGGAUAACACGAGGACGAUGGAUGAACAACAAUGUUAUGCAUAUUUGUGCAGUUAUACGAGAUUGACGAAAAAAAUUAUAUGGAAAUUUUGAAAUUUAGCUGAAUUAUAUCAUAGUUGAGGAUUAAAUCGAGCCUUGAGGGGGCAAUCGUGACUGGUACGAAGGACUUGACAACGAUGCAGGGCAAAGAGAGCCCGGUUGGGUCCAACACCCAGGAAACCCAUCAGUAUGUUGGACCCUACAGACUCGAGAAAACCCUGGGCAAGGGACAAACUGGGUUGGUCAAGCUGGGGGUGCAUUGUGUACUGGGUAAAAAAGUGGCCAUAAAGAUCAUCAAUCGUGAAAAACUAUCGGAAUCGGUGUUAAUGAAGGUCGAACGCGAGAUCGCCAUCAUGAAGCUCAUCGAUCAUCCCCACGUACUGGGUCUUACUGAUGUAUACGAGAAUAAAAAAUAUCUGUAUCUGGUUCUGGAACACGUGUCAGGCGGAGAACUUUUCGAUUAUCUCGUUAAAAAGGCUCGACUUACGCCAAAAGAAGCGAGAAGAUUCUUUCGACAAAUCAUUUCUGCAUUAGAUUUCUGUCAUAGUCACAACAUAUGUCAUCGAGAUUUGAAGCCUGAAAAUUUACUCCUGGAUGAGAAGAACAACAUAAAAAUCGCGGACUUUGGAAUGGCAUCACUGCAACCAGCAGGAUCAAUGCUAGAAACAAGCUGCGGUUCGCCUCAUUACGCUUGUCCCGAAGUCAUCAGAGGAGAAAAAUACGAUGGUAGAAAAGCAGAUGUUUGGUCUUGUGGAGUUAUUCUUUAUGCAUUACUAGUUGGAGCUUUACCAUUUGAUGACGAUAAUCUCCGUCAACUACUGGAAAAAGUGAAGAGAGGUGUUUUCCACAUUCCUCAUUUCGUUCCACCCGAUUGUCAGAAUUUACUUCGAGGAAUGAUUGAAGUGAAUCCUGAUAAACGACUCACGUUGGCAGAAAUAAAUAGGCAUAUCUGGGUCACUGCAGCAGGAAAAGGAGAAUUAGAAUUGGAACUAUCGAUGAUGGAAGUAGUGCAGACACAUGUGCUCCCGUCCGUCGAGGCGAUAGAUCCCGAUGUACUUCAGGCGAUUGCCAGUCUGGGUUGUUUCAAAGAACGUGACAAACUCAUCCAAGAAUUGCUCAGUCCCAACCAUAACACAGAAAAGGUGAUAUAUUUUUUGCUUUUGGAGCGAAAAAGAAGAAGACCAGCCUGUGAAGAUGAGUUAGAAGUCAUGAGAGGCGGAAUUCGAGGUGGCACUAGCCAAUUAGAAACCGAUCCCCCGAGAAAACGUAUAGAUACUUGUCGAGUAAAUGGCAGUACAGCAUUGCAACUGGGUCAGAUCAGUCAAGGAUCACCACUGACUCCACGAAGGCAAUCCAGAUGUAUGACUGUUUCUGACAGUGCCAGACACCAUACGAGACGUUCGCCGAGCACUGGAUCUCACACCCACGCAUCCCAUUCUCAUUCAUCAACUCCUGGAGGAUCACCUCUGCAUGGACCAAGUCUCCCGGGGCUCCUCAGUCCACAUAGAUCGACGCCGAUUUCACAUCAUGGCCAGGCCCCACACAGUCCUCAUCGAUUAUCCACUGGAAGUGCCAGCAGCGGAAAUGGAGCAUCUCCUAAUGCAACAAAUUCCACAACAACGGUCACGGCGCCCACUAUUGUCCAGCCUCUCGGUAGCGUUGGCAUUGAAUUCAAUGAGAAUCUGCCAAUCGGUGUUACGCCACCGGGAUCACCUCAUACUGGUGCAGGCUCGGGGGCCCAUCAUUGGCGAUCGCGACUUACUACAAUAAAAAAUUCCUUCCUUGGUAGUCCACGGUUCCAUCGACGUAAACUGCUCACUAGCACCGAAGAGGUUCAUCUCACACCCGAUUCCUCUCCGGAGUUAACGAAGAAGUCUUGGUUUGGUAGUCUUAUGGCAACAGAAAAGGAUGAGACAUUUACAGUUCUCGUGAAAGGGAAGCCGUUGGCCAGUGUCAAAGCCGAUCUUAUCCACGCAUUUCUAUCAAUAGCAGAAUUGUCUCACAGCGUGAGCUCACCAAUGUCUUUCAAAGUUGAAUACAAACGUGGAAGUACAGCACCAGCAAUGUUCCAAAGACAAGUGAGGUUCCAAGUUGACAUUAGUGCUAUUUCGAAACAUCCGAGUGAACCACUGUUUGCUAUUACCUUCACACUUUUAAGUGGUAAUAUAAGACGAUUUCGAAGGGUUUGUGAACAUAUACAGUCCCAGGUGUGUUCGAGAAAUGCCAGUCUUGCUCUGGGAUCUCAAAGCAGGGCUGCGCCACCGAGUCCAAGAGCAUCGAGGAAAUUCGCUACUGAAAUGAGUGAGAGUUCAAGUUGUGGGAGUGACACUAGUGAGAGGCUAUUCUCUAAUCCUCAUCCUGCUACCAGACAGGUAGUUUGUUUCAAUAAGAUUGACUCGGAUCUUGAAUCUGAAAGUUCAGCUUUCGAUGUUAAAUCGCCCACCCAUGAAAAUGGCCGUCGUAGUUCAACAUCUACAAACAAUAAUAACCAAAUGAGUGGUGACUCCACUUCCGUACCCGGAAGUCCUCCAAAGGCAGUUCGUAGCAAUUCGGAGAGUCAAAAUACACCGGAAAAAAAAUGUGUUACAACGAUGAGCGGCAGUAACAUAGCAUGAUACUAUCAGAAUUUCCGUAUGGAAUUUUGUGCAAGUUUUGGUAGUAUUUUGGAUGGCAAUCGUCGAUUCUGGUGAGUUAUUUUAUGGAUUGUAUAAGUGUUUUCAUAAUGGUGAUAGAAUAGGAAUGAAAAAUUCUGGGCUCUAAUAGGGUCUUGCCAAUUCUAAACUAAAAAAAGAGGAGAUGAAAAAUAAUGGACAUGGGUGUCGGGACGAGAUGUGCAAUGACAUGAAGAUUACAUGAAGAGACGAGAGCCGGAAAUUACGAUUUUCAUGUUAAUGUGAUAUCAAAUCGUAAAUUGAAGAUAUAUUUUCUCAACAAACAUAUCCCGCGGCUGAUUAAUGGUAUAUAUGUUUCAUAUACAAUAAUGUGAGAGUGCAAUGAAACACCGGAAUAGAUUUUACAUUCGAUAAACAAUUUAAUGACGAUCGUGGUAUCAAAGAAACGAAAAAAGAAAAUAAUUUAAAUGCCUCGACUUUUUAUUCUAACUAAUUCAAUAUAAAUGAAUAAGUACAUAAAUAGAUAAAAAAAAAAUAGAUAAAACUGAUGCGAAAGUAAGAUGUAGAGAAUGGUGACAAAUUUGCUGGUCAUAAAAAUAAGAAUCUGUAGUCAACCAUGCGCAUUAAUACGCCUGUAUUGCUACAUUGAAUAUUUAUUAACAAUUUAUCUCAUGAGGUAUGUAUUUGCGCAUACAACUUGGCUCACAGUAUUCUUCAUUAGUUGGAUAUUUGAAGUGCGUUCCUAAUAAAUCAAAUGAUACUGCACUGCAUUAGUAAGAAUAUUUCUGUCGGUUGGUCGAUCGGGUUUUUGGCAAUAUAAAAGAUUUAAAAAAUACGAGACUAAUGAGGUACAUGAAGUUGAUGAAACUGAAUGAUAUAAAACAUAAUUUAUUAAUAACAAACUAGAUAGCCCGGGUAAAUACGUGAUAGUAUUUCAAGCAUAAAUAUAUUUCAUUUGUUUAAACUGACACAGUUCAUCGAUAAUUUACACAAUUAUCAAGGUGAGAGUGAAUGAACUUAUAUGAGGGAAUUUUAAAAAGUUAAGGAGAAUUAUAAUGAAAAUUACCGGCCGUACUUAACAUUAGUUUUCUAUGGAUGAUGGAAAAUUAUACAAGUAGGGACAAAAUUAUACUUUGAUAUUAUAUCACAUCAGGUACACGUAUUUUAAUCUACCUGAAUGAAAAAUCAAGGACUCUAGAUAGUAUAUUCAUUCCAAAUAUAAUGGGUGCUUUUCAGCAGAAUUCUCAAUACAUCAGAGUUGUAGUACAGUGAUAGACAGUCUAUAAUGAAAUGAAUUGGAAAAAAUGCCAUUUGAAGGAGCAAACUGCUUGCUACAUCGCACUGGGUUCUUUUUAUUUGCGCCGCUUGUCAGAGAGGCCCUUAAUAUUUUCCCGAUUGGAAAUUCAUUGAUUGAGCUUAGACACAUUUUUCAUCAUAGUUGGCAUUAAAACGAAAAAACAAAAGUGAAUUUUUCGAUGAUUUUGUUAAAAUAACUAUGUCAUUUGCCUGGGGUUUCCUUUAGUGUUUGUUGCUUUUUCUAAUUUUUUUUCAAAAUGAAGUAGUAUAUUCCAGGACGCGGAAUGUUGUCCCUUUUGCCAUGUGAACAAUUUUCUCCUCAAGACUGUAUGGAGAAUAUAUUUUCCCUCUCAAUUGAAGCAGCGCACUGCUCAUGUAGACAUGAGAAUAAAAAACUAACCGACCCAGUUGAAAGACACCUUGUUUAUAGAUUUGACAAGACGUCAAAAAACAUUUUUCAUUAAAUUGUGUCAAUAAGAUGUAGCGGAGCCUAUUGUAAUAUACCUCCUUACUGGAUGUUUUUAAUAACUUAUCGUGCAUCUCGUAUAGAUAAUAUACAAUAGUCAUAAUGAAGAAAUGGAUGGUCAAUCCAAAUUUUUAGCUAGUCAAAGUUUGUAGUCAACGUAAUCUGGAAUUCGUUGAAAGCUCCAUUUGUUUAUUCAUUUCCUAGUCAAUUUUCCUUUGUCAUUAUGAGUGAGCAAAUGUUCAUCAAUGAUUGGAAAGUCCUUAUCGUUUUACUUUAGAUUAUUUAAUGGCAGCUUUUUUUUCCCCAAUGCAAUGAAUUAUUUGUUGAGCGAAAUGUGAAGUUUUUUAUAUCGUCACUCAUACAUUUCCAUUUUUAAAAAGAUAAAUUAUGACUUAUUUCGAGAAGGGUAAUAUUAUAAAUUGAAAAGGAAUACGUAUGUGAAUUUACAAAAUGGAAAUACAGUGGGAAUUUGAGGGAAUCUAAAACAACGAAUAAUUAGAUUUCACAUGCGGCGGUAACAAACGACACAAAAUGAGCCACUGCAAAUUCUCAAGCACGAACAGGACAAAUAUAUACAUAACACGUGCUGUUGCAUGUCAUAAAUAAAUAAGUAUAUUAGGCAUCUUUGGUGACACGUCCAUGACAACUGACAAUAACGACUGUGGUUGACAAGUGACUUUCCCAAAUAAUUUUCAAUGUAAAAUUUGGUAAUCCAGUCCACACUGAUUUUUUCUCACAUAAUGAACUUUCCGAUCUCUGAAUAAUAAUUUUAAAAUCAUUAUCUUCUAUUUUUUCACUGACGAAGUAAGAGCAUACGUAUCAAUUCCAGCUGAUUCAUUGGAGGAUUUAUUUAUUUAAUCAAAACAAAUUCUCAAGCGAUGGUUGUCCAUGGAAUGGCCACUGUCCCCGUCCCUCAAGUAGAUAUAUAGAUUUUAGAUGAGUGAAAAUAAUUGACGAAAAUGAUGCGAAAGAUUUCAAUGGAAGAAAAUAAAUAAUUAUUUUCCGAUGAAAGAAAAAAUAAAAUGUUUUUUCGUGCGAAUGGGUGAAUCGGCUAUUGACAAUGGUGUACAUGAUGCGUAAUGUGAUUCAGUAAAAUGUCAUUCAUUAUAUGGAAGAAAAAUUAAUUAAAACGAUUAAAAUUUUUCUAAAUGAACAAUGAAUCUUGCUUAGAUCGAUUAGAAAAUAAAAUUCCGAGUAUUUAAUCGUUUUUAGCGAUGCUCGGAUAGACGUGUAUUAAUCCAUACAUUAAAAAACAAAAAGAGUUCUAAAGAUAAAAAAUUGAAAAGCGCUUUGUAACACUAAUUUUUGUAACUAUAAAAAAAAACGACCGCAAAUAGUGAAAUCAAAUGAACAUAAAAUAAAUAUGCAAACGUGAAUAGUUAUUGAAUUUGUAUCAAUGAUUGAAUAGUCCCUUGAUAUUCCGCAUGUGCAUUUUGAUUAUUUGAUUAAUUCGUUAAUUAUACAUGAGGUGAAAACGCGAGAGAUGUUGACAGAGGGUGUAAAGAGGUGACAAAAAAAGGAAAUUACUCCAAAGAUUGUACAGUUAUUUCCUCAUCAACUUAUUGCUACCGAUGGUUAUUAUGAUUAUUAUUAUUAUUAUUAUUACUAUUAUGAUUAUUAUAUUAUUGAUAUUAUAUAUUGACCAUAUUCUUGCAAAUCGGGGUACUGCAAGAGGAAAAAGAACAACAAAAAAUUGUAACAUAUUUCUUGAUGGCCAAUAUCAAAUAUGUAUAAAACGAAAUAAUAAUAAUGAUGCAGCAUU